AUGUACAUUAAGAAAGUUAUUAUAAGUGGGUUUAAAACUUAUAAAAAUAAAACCGAGAUAGAUAACUUUUCUCCUCAUCAUAAUGUGGUUAUAGGCUUUAAUGGUUCAGGUAAAUCGAACUUCUUUGCAGCCAUAAGAUUUGUUCUUAGCGAUGAUUAUACAAAUUUGAAAAGGGAGGAGAGACGUUCAUUGAUUUACCAAGGUACCUCAUCUGUUAUGUCCGGUUAUGUGGAGAUUAUAUUCCAAGACUUCGAAAAUAGAACAUUGCUAGGGCCAGGGGCCCAAGGCAGAGACGACAUAAUUCGUAUCAGAAGGACAGUUGGGUUGAAAAAGGAUGAGUAUAUGAUUAAUAACAAAAACGCUGGUAGAAGUGAUGUGCAGAGAUUACUGGAAUCUGCAGGAUUUUCUACUUCUAAUCCGUAUAACAUUGUCCCCCAAGGACGCAUUGUUUCAUUAACAAACGCAGAGGAUAGCGAAAGACUGCAGCUUUUGGAGGAAGUUGUUGGUGCAAAAUCUUUUGAAAGAAAAUUGAAGGACUCGUUACAGAAGAUGGUGACAACGGAGAAGAAUCGAGAGAAGAUUAAGGUUGAGCUGCAAGAGGUUGAAGAUAAGUUAAAUGAAUUAGACGAGGAACGCAGAGAACUGGAGAAAUAUAAUGGACUCGAUAGAUCGAGGAAGAUGCUGCAGUAUGCGUUGCACGAUCGUGAGCUGAAUGAGGUCACAGCUUCGAUUGAAAAAUUAGAAGGCGAUUACGAUAAUACUUUGGUUCAGUCUGAACAGUAUAUCGAUGAGCUUGAUAAAAGGGAAGCACUGAUCAAUAAUCUGGGGAAAAAUAUGCACGAGAUUGUUUCCGAACUGAAGAUGAAGGAGUCUACUGACUUGCAACAGGAGAGGGAAGCGGGUAGAGAUGUGGCAAAAGCACUUGCAGACGUUCUUGUCCGCUACGAAGAGCUGCAAUCUCAAAGAGCUGCCAUUACAGAGCAGUCAGAGACUACAAAAGAUACCUUAAAAAAGCUCAGACUGCAGAUCACUAGCAAGGAAGAGCAGCUGAAGAAGGUACUUCCUAGAUUUGAUGAGCUAACGAACUCCGAGAUGGAGUUAAAAUCAAGACUCAGGACAAUGCAACAAAGGCAAAGAGAUAUGAUUUCAAAGAGAGGAAAUUACGCUAAGUUCAAAACGAAAGAGGAACGGGACUAUUGGAUCAGCAAAGAAAUAGCGACUCUCGAGGUGGAGAAGGAGGCUUUAAAUACUUCACAGACGGCCUUUAGCCAGGAACGAGAGCAAUUACAGUCAGAGUUAGCUGUAGUAGAUCAGCAGAUAGAAGAAUUAAAUGAUAGUAUUUGCGGACCAGGUAUUACUGCAGAGUUGGCAGACCUUCAGAAGCAAAUAAUGGAUUUGAAGAAAGAGCAUCUGUCAAAGAUCGAUGAACGUAAACAGUUAUGGAGAGCGGAGCAAAAGGCGCAGUCCAUUUCAGAAGCAUUGGUUGAAGAUGUCAAGAGAGCGGAAAGUGGUUUAAAUGAAACUAUGAGCCGUGAUCUAGCAACUGGUUUGAAAAAUGUCAAUGAAAUUGUGAAAAGACUGAACAUGCCAGAGGGAUCUGUGUUUGCUCCUUUGGGCGAGUUAAUCAAGGUUAGUGAGAAAUACAAGGUCUGUGCAGAGGUUGUAGGAGGGAACUCGUUAUUCCAUGUUGUUGUUGAUACAGAAGAAACUGCAAGUUUGAUUAUGCAGGAAUUGUACAAUAUGAAAGGUGGUAGAGUAACAUUCAUGCCUUUGAACAGACUGGAAGUUGACAAUAAUAUUCAGUAUCCUUCAAACGAGGAGCAUAAUUGCACGCCAUUAAUAAAAAAAAUCAAAUAUGAUCCCAAGUUUGAAAGGGCUGUGGCCCAUGUAUUUCGUAAAACAAUCGUUGUUAAAGAUCUGGUUCAAGGUAGUAGACUAGCUAAACAAUUCAAUCUUAACACUAUCACGUUAGAUGGUGAUAAGGCAGAUAAUAGGGGCUUAUUAACUGGUGGUUUCCGCGAUCAUUUCAAACUAAGACGUCUGGAUUCUUUAAAGGAUCUCAAGACUAAGAAGAAGGAACAAGAUGCAACUAGGGCACAUUUACGGGAGUUAAAAGAGAAGGUGAAGGUUGUCGAAGAGGAGAUUGAUCAACUGAAUAAUAGCAUUAAGAAGGCCGUAAACAAAAAAGAACUGAUACUUUCCGACUUAGAAUCGUUAAAAUUGAAGUUAGAAAAGGCUAACGGUCAGAAGUAUCUAAUUAAUGAAACAUUAUCUCAAUCAAUAUCUAAAAUUGAGAAGACAACGAUCAAGCAAAGGGUAAUAGAAGAUAAAAUUCAAAUGUAUACCUCAGAAUUGGAAAAACCCUUUGAUAAUCAGCUCACAGCAGAAGAAAUGAUCGAGCUGGAUUGCAUAUCAGCGGAACUGCCUGACUUACAAAAUCAACUGAAUAUCACAACCGAGGCGUUAAACUCUGUUAUUAACAAGAUCGAUUCUUUGAAAGCAGAAUUGGAGUCGAAGCUGAUUCCUCAGGAACGAGAGCUAGAAUCAUUGUCAAUUGACACCGACGAAGCUGCUAUAGAAGCUAUGGAUAAUGAAAUAGAGGCACUUGGUGUUCAACGUGAGAAACUUCUUGAGCAACAAAAAAAGAAUUCUGAAGAUCAAGCUGCUAUUUUACAAAAGAUAGAAGAGUUGACAAAAGAGAGAACAGAAACUGAGCGUUUGCUAGAAAAAGCCAACUCUCAACAGCGUAUGCUCGUAAAGAAAAUAAAUAAUUAUCAGAAGGGAGCUGAGAAGUCUAUGAUUCGGAAGCAAACCUUAACUGCUAGACGCGAUGAAUUGCAACAAAAAAUAAGAGAUAUCGGGCUAUUACCAGAGGAUUCACUGGACAAAUACAAGCAUAUGAGCAGCGGAGAUUUGUUGCAGAAGCUAGCUUCAGUAAAUGAUGAACUGUCUAAAAUGACCAAUGUCAAUAAAAGAGCACUGGAACACUUCAAGAAGUUUGACGAGAAGAAAAGGGAUGUUAUAAAUAGAGCAAAGGAACUAGAUGAAUCCAAGACUUCAAUUGAAAAUUUAAUUGAGAAAUUGAAGAGACAAAAGGUCGAUGCUGUGGAAAACACUUUUAAAAAGGUCUCCGAAAGUUUUACCCAAUUAUUCGAGAAAAUGGUGCCUAGGGGAACAGGUAAACUUGUUAUCCAUCGUAGAAAUGAAACAUCUCCAGAAACCCAAGGUAGACGUCAAAGAAAGAGGAAGAAUAAUGAGGUUGAUGAAAGCGCCCCCGCAACUCAGGACAACGGCAACUCAAUUUAUUCAGGCGUUUCAAUAGAGGUGUCUUUCAACUCUAAAAGUGAUGAACAAUUGCGUGUUGAACAACUAUCAGGAGGGCAGAAAACUGUUUGUGCUAUUGCCCUAAUUCUUGCUAUUCAAAUGGUUGAUCCAGCUCCAUUCUAUCUCUUUGAUGAGAUAGAUGCAGCACUUGACAAACAAUACCGUACUGCAGUUGCAGCUACCAUUAAGGAACUAUCAACUGAAGCCCAAUUUAUUUGUACAACUUUUAGGAGCGAUAUGAUAGCUGUUGCUGAUAGAUUCUAUCGAGUCAAAUUUGAAAACAAAAUCUCAACAGUCGUUGAAAUAUCGCAAGAAAAUGCGUUGAACUUUGUUAAUGGAAGAGAAAAGGGGGAGCAGACUGCCCACUAA